CCCGACAGCCCCGGGCCGCAGGCGCGGGCGGUUGGCAGCGCGGGCGGCGAGGUGGUGCAGCGGUACAGCAAGGAGAAGAGGGAUGCCAUCUCGCUGGCCAUCAAAGACAUCAAGGAGGCCAUCGAGGAGGUGAAAACCAGGACCAUCCGUUCGCCUUACACCCCCGACGAGCCCAAAGAGCCCAUCUGGGUCAUGCGCCAGGACAUUAGUCCCACCAGGGAUUGUGACGACCAGAGGCCGGUGGAUGGAGAUUCUCCAUCUCCAGGCAGUUCCUCACCCCUGGGUGCAGAGUCUUCGAGCACUCCCCUUCAUCCCAGUGACCCCGCGGACACCUCCACAAAUAAAGAGUCAAGAAAAAGCUUGGCUUCAUUCCCAACCUACGUUGAAGUUCCUGGACCCUGUGACCCCGAGGACUUGAUCGAUGGAAUCAUUUUUGCUGCCAAUUACCUCGGCUCCACCCAGCUGCUCUCAGACAAAACUCCCUCCAAAAACGUGCGCAUGAUGCAGGCUCAGGAGGCAGUGAGCAGGAUCAAGAUGGCCCAGAAAUUAGCCAAAAGCAGGAAGAAGGCUCCCGAAGGUGAAUCUCAGCCCAUGACCGAGGUGGACCUCUUCAUUUCUACCCAGAGAAUUAAAGUAUUGAAUGCCGACACGCAGGAGACAAUGAUGGACCACCCUCUGAGGACCAUUUCCUACAUCGCAGACAUCGGGAACAUCGUUGUCCUGAUGGCCCGCAGGCGGAUGCCCCGCUCCAAUUCCCAGGAGAAUGUGGAAGCCUCCCACCCGUCGCAGGAUGGGAAAAGGCAGUACAAGAUGAUCUGCCACGUCUUCGAGUCUGAGGACGCCCAGCUGAUUGCACAGUCCAUCGGGCAGGCGUUUAGCGUGGCGUACCAGGAAUUCCUCAGGGCCAACGGGAUCAACCCCGAAGAUCUCAGCCAGAAGGAGUACAGUGACCUGCUCAACACCCAGGACAUGUACAACGAUGACCUGAUCCACUUCUCCAAGUCAGAAAACUGCAAAGAUGUCUUCAUAGAGAAGCAGAAAGGGGAGAUCCUAGGUGUGGUAAUUGUCGAGUCUGGCUGGGGAUCCAUCUUGCCAACCGUGAUCAUAGCCAACAUGAUGCACGGAGGACCAGCAGAGAAAUCGGGGAAGCUGAACAUCGGGGACCAGAUCAUGUCCAUAAACGGCACCAGCUUGGUGGGCCUGCCUCUCUCCACCUGCCAGAGCAUUAUUAAGGGCUUGAAGAACCAGGCCCGAGUCAAGCUGAAUAUCGUGAGGUGUCCCCCGGUGACUACUGUGUUGAUCCGGAGACCAGACCUCCGCUACCAGCUGGGGUUCAGCGUCCAGAACGGAAUUAUCUGCAGCCUCAUGCGAGGGGGAAUAGCAGAGAGAGGAGGCGUCCGUGUGGGACAUCGCAUCAUUGAGAUUAAUGGGCAGAGCGUGGUCGCCACCCCGCACGAGAAGAUCGUCCACAUCCUCUCCAACGCCGUGGGGGAGAUUCACAUGAAGACGAUGCCGGCUGCCAUGUACAGACUGCUGACGGCCCAGGAGCAGCCCGUGUACAUCUGAGGCCGCGCACCCGCCGGGCGCAUGCAUGGAGGACUCUCCUCACUUGUGGUUGUGUUUCUCGUGCUGCAUCUGUGUGCCCACUGAGACGUUCCCCUCUUGUGCCCAGCACUCCGUUUCACGCAGGAAGAAAAGAGUCCAGAGACCUGCCUCUCUGCUCUCGUCUCUCUCUGGUUUGCUUUUUUUGUGUUUUAAUACCAGGGAAGUUUUGUAUGCUCUCCCUUGGGACUGGAGAGCAGCCAGUGUCCACCCGGAGUCGGCCUGGGACCACCCUGAAGGGCCCUUAUGGGGGAGGGUUCCGAGGAGGGUUGUCACCGCCCAGGAAGAGGGGUGCAGACCUCUUAUCAGGAGCCCCUGGCAGCGGUGAGGAAGCUGAUUGAGCAGCGCCUACAGUCCAGUUGCUGAUCUCUGCUCUUGUCCAGUCUCCGGGAAUAGGGUCGUAACGGGGGACCAGCCUGUGUCUUUACGGAUGUGCCCGCCCACCGCGUACUUGGGGCACCACACGUUAUUUCCACCCAGAAUUUCUGAGCCAACCUUAUGCCUCUUCUGCGGCUUGUUUUAGUUUCAACACGAUUGUCUUUUCUAACAUGAGCCUUUUCACCCAAGAAUAGAAGAGGAGCGACCUUGGACAAGGAUGCCAUCGCGUUGCAGAGAGCUAGGCCCUUCCCGGGGUGUCCGAGGCCACCCUGGGUUGUCCCGAGUUAUCAACAGCUAGACAUACACAGGCAGGCGCUCUCUGCUGCCACCUCCUGCGUCACACAGGUGCGUCACGGUCUCACUUGCAUCUGCGUCACCCUCCCCCCCCCACCAGUG